UGUAACCUAGGUAAAAUCUCCACAAUUUUAACGGAAGCAAAGUUGCGAUUGUGUAAAACUUCAUAGGACCGAGGUCGGCCUGCCACGGCUAACCGGUGUUAGACGCUGAUAUAAGCGAGAGACCAGCCGUUGUUUGUUGUUUUUGUCGUUUUCCUCUGAAACUGGCUUGUCUAAGACAGCAGACAGAAAGAGAAGAGAAAGAGGAAAUUGGGUUGAGUUGAGAGAAGAAGAUGAUGGAGGUGUCGGUGGGUGGCAGCAGCGUCUCUGAGCUGAGUCCGGACGAGGAGAGGAUCAUGAUCAAAGACAUUGCUCUCGCUGCCCAGGCUAACAGCAAAGAAGGAGACACCUUCUUCUUAAUCACUCAGAGAUGGUGGCAAUAUUGGAUUGAAUAUGUGAACCAAGACCAGUCAAACACUUCAUAUGAUGGAUCUUCCUUAUCUGAACAUGAUUUGGCCAACUCAAGUGCUUUAAAGAGGCCAGCUGGUAUUGAUAAUUCUGAUUUGAUUGAUGAUACUGUGUCAGAAGACUCUGGUAUGGGUAUAGAGAUUCAUGACACUCUUCUAGAAGGCCGUGACUAUGUAUUACUUCCCCAAGAAGUUUGGGAUCAAUUAUUUAGAUGGUAUGGUGGUGGACCUACAUUGGCAAGGAAAGUUAUUAGUUCAGGUUUUUCCCAGACUGAAUUGGCGGUGGAGGUGUAUCCUUUGCGGCUUCAAUUACUUAUGUUGCCAAAAAAUGAUCGUUUUGCUAUAAGAAUAAGCAAGAAGGAAACCAUUGGACAGCUUCACAGAAAAGCUUGUGAAAUAUUUGAUCUUCCACCAGACCAAGUGUGUAUAUGGGAUUACUAUUCCCGUCGGAAGCAUGCUUUGAUGAAUGACAUGGACAAAACUCUCGAUGAUGCUAAUUUACAAAUGGACCAAGAUAUUCUUGUUGAGGUCAUCAACAAUUCAAACAACACAAGUUUUGCUCAAGAAAACGGUUCUGCAUUGAGGGAGGCGAACUUUGCUCUUGUGGAACCUCCAAAGUCGAGCUUAUCAAUUGCCGGUGGCUUAUCUGCUAGCAAAGGUGCAUCUAGAGGCUACAACACAGACCUUUCUUCAUCUCUAAACAUAAAUUCUCCUCUCAGAGACAUCGAAAACCCUUAUGGAACCAGUGGUGUCACCACAAGAGGUUCAUUUGGUGGUCUAACUGGGUUGCUGAAUCUUGGCAAUACCUGUUACAUGAAUAGCGCAAUACAAUGCCUUGUUCAUACACCAGAAUUUGCCAGAUACUUCAGGGAAGACUAUCAUCGAGAGAUUAAUUGGCAAAAUCCAUUGGGCAUGGUUGGGGAACUAGCCCUAGCAUUUGGUGAGUUGCUUCGAAAGCUAUGGGCACCUGGACGAACCCCAAUUGCUCCUCGGCCCUUUAAAACAAAGCUUGUUCGCUUUGCACCUCAGUUCAGUGGGCACAAUCAACAUGACUCUCAGGAGCUUUUGGCUUUUCUUCUUGAUGGUCUUCAUGAAGACUUGAAUAGAGUAAAACACAAACCAUAUAUAAAGUCUCGAGAUGCUGAUGGCAGACCUGAUGAAGAAGUGGCUGAUGAAUAUUGGGCAAAUCAUAUUUCUCGUAAUGAUUCCAUAAUUGUUGAUGUAUGCCAGGGACAAUACAAGUCAACUUUGGUUUGUCCAGUUUGCAAUAAAGUGUCUGUCACAUUUGAUCCUUUCAUGUACCUUUCCCUGCCACUCCAAUCCUCCACUGCCACUAGAACCAUGACAGUGACAGUCUUUGCUUGUGAUGGGGCUGCCCUUCCAUCUCCUUGUACAGUAACUGUCCCUAAGCAGGGACGAAUCAAGGAUCUCGUCCAGGCACUUAGCAAUGCCUGCUCAUUGAAGCACAAUGAGAGGCUAUUGCUUGUGGAGGUACGAAACCAUUUGAUCCAUAGAUAUUUGGAAGAUCCUGUUCAUUUGUCUACUAUUAAAGAUGAUGAGCGUCUUGCUGCUUAUAAGAUUCCAAAGACAGACAAGAACACAAAGUAUCUCCAGUUGAUACAUCGCCGAAGAGAGCAGAGCAGUGACUCACACGUCAUAUCUGGAUGGAAACCGUAUGGAACACCUAUUGUUUCAUUGAUUUCAUGUGAUGAUACAGUCACAAGAGGUGAUAUACAAGUAAUGGUUAAUCGUAUUCUUUCCCCUCUGCUAAGGAGAGGUGGUAAUGUAGAACAAGCUACUAAUUCUGAAGCAAGCAUCCCAAAAGCAGAACCUGAUGAAUGUAGUAAUACUCAUGAUGCUGCAUGUGCUGGCAACACGGUGUCAAAUUCAUCAAAUAAGGAUUUUACCAAUUCAAAGGCACCUUCAAUGCCAACGUUACCUCUUCUCUUGGUUGGUGAUAACAAUGCUUGCAUUGAUCUUUCAAUGGGCGAGGAGAAAGUGGUUAAACUGCCUCAAUCAUCUCCAAAAGUUUUAGUGUAUAUUGAUUGGUCUCAGAAGCUUCUGGAGAAGUAUGAUACUCAUCCAAUUGAGAGUUUGCCUGAAGUUUUAAAAUAUGGGCCUGUAACCAAGAAAGCUCGUACUGAACCUCUCUCCUUGUACACCUGCUUGGAAGCUUUUCUGCGGGAAGAACCUCUGGUGCCUGAAGAUAUGUGGUACUGUCCCAAAUGCAAAGAGAGACGACAAGCUAGUAAGAAGCUUGAUUUGUGGAGGCUCCCAGAGGUUUUGGUCAUUCAUUUGAAGAGGUUUUCAUACAGCAGGUCAAUGAAGCAUAAACUGGAGACUUUUGUCAACUUUCCCAUUCAUGAUUUUGAUUUAACUAAUUACAUAGCCAACAAAAACAACUCUCGCCGCCAACUGUACGAACUCUAUGCCCUUACUAAUCAUUAUGGUAGCAUGGGUAGCGGGCAUUACACUGCACAUAUCAAGUUUUCAAAUGUGCAGCUUUUAGAUGAGAACAGGUGGUACAAUUUUGAUGACAGCCACAUAACACUGAUAAGUGAGGAUGAGGUUAACACUGCUGCUGCCUAUGUUCUAUUUUACCGGAGGGUGAAGACCGAGGAAGCAGCCAUUAGCAAUGGAGCUUAGUCCUUCAUGUUGGAAGUUUUAUGUAUAAUAUGAAGUAGAUGUCAUGCUUUUGUAAUUUCAGAAAAAUUCUGGGAAAAGGUAGGUGAACAAUUUCCAAUGUAUGGCUUAAAUUAGGGAUUUUAAUUUACUGUAUGAAAGGCAUCAACCUGUUGAUACAAGAGUGUAUGUAAUCAAUGAAAUAAUGAUUGAUGUACUUUUGCUUCA